GUUUUAUUUGAAAGUCUGAUUUAAAAUCUUUGCCAGGAAUGUAUAUUUAGUAGUACAAAGACGGUAAUCAAUAUUGUAAAGCGCCCUCUAGCAACCCCGGUGUUAUUAAUUUCACUUUCCUUUUACCGCCAUGUCGGACAGCGGAUCAGAGUGUGGCGAUGGACCUUGGGUUGCAUACAAAGAAAGAGAAGAAUGGAAGGAUGUUUCGCCUGUGCCACAGGACGACGGACCACACCCAAUUGUUCAGAUAGCAUAUUCGGAAAAAUUCAGGGAUGUUUAUGAUUAUUUCCGUGCCAUUGUUGCCAAGAAAGAGAUAAGUGAUAGGGCAUUAGACCUGACCAAAGACGCAGCUGAGCUUAAUGCAGCCAAUUACACAGUAUGGCACUACAGAAGAACUAUAAUGAAAGAAUUAAAGAAAGAUCUGAAAGAAGAAUUACGAUAUAUAACACAAGUUAUUACAGAGCACCCUAAAAAUUAUCAAGUUUGGCAUCACAGAAGGGUCAUAGUGGAAUGGUUAGGAGAUCCAAAAGAAGAAUUAGAAUUUACUGCAAAAAUACUUAGAGGGGACGCAAAAAAUUACCAUGCUUGGCAACAUCGGCAAUGGGUUAUUAGAGAAUUUAAUCUAUGGGAUAAUGAAUUAGAUUAUGUCAACAAAUUACUCGUAGACGACCUAAGGAACAACUCAGCCUGGAAUCAACGAUAUUUUGUCAUCAACAACACAACAGCUUUCAACGAUGAAGUUGUCGAUCGUGAAGUCAGUUACACACAAGAUUUCAUCAAAAAAGCCCCCAACAAUGAAAGUGCAUGGAACUAUUUGAAAGGGGUGUUGUUAGACCGUGAAUUAAGUACAUAUCCUGGUUUGAUGGAAUUCUGUCAACAACUAUACAAUGACAGAUAUCGAUCACCCUAUUUAAUAGCUUGUAUGAUUGAUGCAUACGAAGAAAUGUUAGAAAAUAAUAAUGGUGAUCAAGAGGAAACACUCAAAAAAUCUGUACAGAUGUGCACAUCAUUAGCAGAUGAAUUUGACACUAUAAGAAGUGAAUAUUGGAACUAUGUAUCUCGUGUUUUAUCAAAUAAAUAUGGACAAAGUACAACACCAACAACAGAACAAAGUGUUGUAUCAUAGCAUCAGCUCAAUAUAGAAUGUUUGGUUAACCUCACUUGUCUUCGUAUGCAUUCCCAUGUAUACGUGUGAUUAUACACUUAUCCUCCAGCCAUUUUGUGUAAUUGCAUUAUGCCAUGAGCAUAUUUAAACCAACACUGCUAUAUGAGUCUGUGUGUAAAUAGUUUUUAAAACAUAUUGUUAAUAGAUAACGGAAUACUAGAUGUUUUCACAGAUGUAGAAAGAUUGUUGUUUGCAGAAAUAUUCACUUCUCAAGUCAACACGGAAGAAAAUUCAAUAGUUUGUUUUAUGGGUUGUUUCAAAUGUAACGCAAAAUCUUCUAUGAUAGUUUGUUUUAUGGGUUGUUUCAAAUGUAACACAAAAUCUUCUACUAGAAUAUGCAAUCAUACCACUGAAAUAUGAAAUUUUACAUCUUUUAAAGUAAAUGUUCAGAUCAAAAUGUUAAUACUGUAGAUAAAUACCUGUUUUUUUCUCCCAGUAAACAUUGUCAAGAAAUUAUAUGAAAUAAAUGUAUUACUCAAUUGUAAUGAUGAAAUUUUUGUUAUGUUAACAAUAGUAUAAAUUAGUUUUGAGAUGUGUUGCUCUGUGAGAAGGCUGCUUUAAUGGUUUUGUUAAGCGAAGCCAGGAUGUUCAUAUUUUGUUAUAUAUUUGUUUUCCCUUUAUAAUAAAAAGUCAAUAUAU